AUGGCAAUUCCUGGUCUGGUCCAAUCAAUUGAUCCAGUGUGGUGUAUUGGUGUGACUAAGGUCUUCUUCUCUUCCUUGACGUCACUCCAGGCGGAAGAGUUCUUCGACAUGGUGGCCAAGGCCCAGGCCCGAAGGCUCAAUGACCAGCGGGCGGAUUUUGCAGGUGCUGAAGAGCCAUGUGCUGGGAACGUCAAAGUUGCCAAAGAGCAGCUCUAUGACACUAUCUUGGAGCAUCAGAGCCACCGCCUGGAGGACCAGCGCACGGAGCCACCCAUCCCAGUAGGAAUUCAGGGACUGCUGGAUUUGCUGCUGAGAGCCCAAGGGACCCGGAUGGAGGACCAGCGCUCGACUCUUCCCCCAAGCCUUGCCGCAUCCUCCUUGCAAAGAAGGCAGCCCUCCUUCCUCCACGGCAUGUGAAUCCACUGCCUUUCAGCUGUUGGGUUGCAAUGGACACUUGCUGGAAACAUUAGAAAUUGUGUUGCCUUUCAAUUAACAGUAGUUGGGACUGAGAAAUCGAGCUCACGCAGCGAAGGUGCCACGUUUUGCGGUAACAAAGACUGCGCAAUACAAUGGCAGGAUAUCUCCAAGCACUGCAUUGCAACCUGAUAAUCGCUUCUGUCUGGCUAAGAUUUCCUUCUGUCCUAAGAAUAACAAGGAGUUGCCUUCCACUCAGCUACUGGAGAUAGCCGUAGUAUAUAGUAUCUCUUGUAAGAACCACAGAUAUCACAAAGUAGUAAGCAAGUUUUGGGGCGUUCGACGAACUCUUCCUCAGGCCAAACUAAGGGGAAAAAGAGAAGGACUUCAACAAAGAUACCCUUUCUCAAUAUGUGACUGGCUUUCAGAUGGUGAAAGCGGUUAGUAUUGCGGACUGAUGAAGUUGAUGUGUGCCUGGGAUUCAUUAUACCUGCCAGAAAAGCAGUUCUGUUCGCACAUAAUGCAGGGUCUUCAUUCAGGGAUGUGCAAUGUUUGCCCUUCCAGAUUUUGCCUUGUUGCAACUCCCAUAAUCUCUAGCCAGGAUAGCGAUGCUGAGGGAUGGUGGGUUUUGAAGUCCAACUGUAUCUGGAAGGUCACGUGUUGUCUACCUCUGUUCUAAAGAUAGGCCUUGGAAAUGUAGCCGGAAAAUUUCAAAAACAUGAACUCCAGUUUACCCAAAUUUGCCUGUAAAAGAAUGGUUUAAUUUGCUUCUAUUAAAAAAAAUAUGGAUAUUG